GCUUGUAAUUUCACUGCGUACAAACCGCUUCAAAGAAAAAAAGGUGUUUUCGCGCAAUUUUUAACCGGUUAAGAUGUAAAUUCACUUGGCCUCAGUUUUAUUUUUAUUUUUUUCAGAGAAACUUAGAACUGAAGCUGUAAUAAAGUAGCCAUUUGUUGAGGACGUGUAGUGAAAUGGAUGAGAAAGAGGCGUACACGCAGAGACUGAAAGCAGCUGUCCACUACACGGUCAGUAAACUUUGCCAGAGCACAGCGGCAGAUUGUGAGAAGGAGAUGAGCAAGCAAGCGGUGGCCGCGAUUGCUGAAACCACUUUCAGACAAUGUGAGAUAUUUGCAAAAGAUCUGGAGGCCUUUGCAAGACAUGCUAAAAGACACACAGUCACCGUGGAUGAUGUGAAACUUCUAGCAAGAAGGAGCACAGCAUUGUCCAGCCACAUCCAGCAAAAGAGUGAAGAACUGGCAAUAAACAACCAGGAGCUGAAGGAGAAGAGGAAAAAGAAUGCUGCCAAGAGAAAGAGUAAGGAGAUGGAGGCAGAUGAGGCAGGAGAGACAGAGAACUGAUUCAUGUGACCACAAUCUUAUUGCCUGACAUUGCCAUUGUCGACAAGAAGUGCACAGAUAUUACUGAAGGGAAAAAACACAAACACAAUGUGGUCUGAAGGAAUGUCUCCAGGAAAUCUCUUUACAAGGAGUGUAACAAUAAAUUACUCACAGCCAUGCA